AUGUCCACCGAUCAUCCGUUUUCUAACGAAAUGGAGGUUGACGACGAUGAGCCGUUCGAUGCCAACAGCUUUUUCAUUGGCCCGUCAAACAUGGAUCACAUCACCACUAUCAGAGACUCAUCUGCAGCCUCACCUCGCAGCCAACAAUUUGUGCCAAUCGACACAUCCGAAGCGGACCGGAUGGAAGACUACAUUGCGCUAGGGACGAUUCGCCUGAUCGCGCGCCACAAUACUGAGCAUGAAUUCCAUAUGAAAGGCGUCAAGAAAGAAGAGCCUUACCCCAAUCGCUCACUUGUGCAAGGUGAGAAAAACCUGUGGUUGAAGACCAAGGUCCAACGGUUGCCAAACGAUAAAGCCAUCGCUAGACUCUACGUACUUCCGGAAGAUAUCAACAGAAGUACUAGAGGAUCUCUGAAGGAUUUUAGGAAAGUCCUCAGAUCUUUGGUGGAUUUCGUCGACACAUCUCCCAAAACUUGGAAUGGUGACUUCGAUCCUGACUCUCCGUUGAAGUCCUACCACAGCAUAAGUGAUGAUCAAGAAGAGUCUCUAUUCUACAUCUUCAACACUUUGGAAUCUCCCAAACCUUCAAUCGAGACGUUGUCAGCCGAUAUCUAUUCUGAGCAGGCUAUGUCAGAUAUUCUGCAGGAUGACAUUGAUGGACUAAAGACCCAACUUUAUUCCUAUCAGAAACGGUCUGUGGCCAUGAUGCUCCAGAAAGAAGCCUGCCCAGCCAAGACUGUUGACUCCCGAAAGCCACCAUUCACCGAUCUCCGUGGCAAGCGCUUCUACUUUGAUGUUUUGGAAGGCAUCCUUCUGAGUCAGCCAGUUCUGUACAGCGAACCUCAAGGGGGUAUUCUUGCUGAGACCAUGGGCUAUGGUAAGACAUUGAUAUGCCUUGCCUUGAUUCUUGCGACUCGAGGCCAUUAUCCCAAGAUUCCUGAAGGACGACUUGACAUCAUUUCAACCGAACUCAAUCAGCGAACUCCAAGCUUGCUCGAUCUUGCAGCAAAAACCUUGAAACUGUCGGGUACCCCAUGGAAAGCACAACUUGCAAACCUUGAACAAAGAGGAUACUACUUUGAUCGAGUAAGAGAUGCCAUUGAUCAAUACGAUGCCACAUUUGCCGAACCAAUUUUCCAUCCGACAACCCCAAAGCGACGAGCCAGUACACGAGAGAGUUUCAAUGUUUUACGCCUUUGCUACGCUACUCUAGUGAUUGUACCACCCAAUCUGCUCGUGCAAUGGCAGCAAGAAAUCGAAGAGCAUACUCAUGGCUACGCCCUAGAUGUUCUCGCUCUUGACUCGUCCGUCAAAGUCAUUCCAUCAUAUCAGACUCUGAUGAAGCAUGAUAUUGUAUUGAUUACAAAGGCUCGCUUCGAACAGGAAUAUCGCGAUGAUGACCUCAACCAGGGCAGGCGAUCAAGGGGCGAGGGAAAAUUUCGAUCCCCACUAACCGAGGUUCGUUGGCUAAGGGUCAUAUGUGAUGAGGGACAUGGCUUUGCAGGGGCAAACUAUCGCACCAAUGCAAUGACGAUGCUAGACAAGAUGUCGAUUGAACGACGAUGGGUAGUUUCCGGAACACCAUCCAAUUCUCUGCAUGGGGUUGAGGUGAACCUUGCUACCAAUGAAUCCACGAAUGACGAUGAACAAUGCCGCAAAGAAUCUAUUCGAACGGCUCUAGAACGCAGGAAGACCAAAGAUUCUGGAACUGAAGAGAUCAAAGACAUGGAGAAACUUCGUGUCAUGGUCGUCAGGUUCCUCAAACUACAGCCAUGGGCGAAUCAAAAGGGCCAUGACUACGCAGAUUGGCGGACCUAUCUAGCACCAUUUGAUACUCAAGGAAAUCGAAGGUUCGCUCCUGCUCUUCGGACGAUUUUGCAAGCGCUCAUAGUCAGGCACCGCAUCGAGGAUAUUGAUACUGAUUUGUCUUUGCCCCCACUGUACAACACUACUGUCUAUCUUCAACCGAGCUACUACGAUAAACUCAGUAUGAAUCUGUUCAGGGUGGUACUGACAUCGAACGCUGUCACAUCGGAGCGAGCCGAUGAAGAUUAUAUGUUCCAUCCCAAGAACAGGAAGUCUCUCGAUGAGUUAAUCACCAACCUUCGACAUUCAAGUUUCCACUGGGUUGGGUUUACACACCAUGAAAUUUCACAAGCUCUACACGUAAGCAAUACUUAUCUCGACAGUCACCUUGAUUCAAUAUCAGACAGAGAUGGCACUUUGAUCACUGAGGCCAUCAUGAACGCCGAACGUGCUGUAGCCGACUCUGGCUGGAAGGCCUUUUCAUCACUUCAUGAAAUUGGUGUCUAUGUGGAGGAUUUCCCUGAACAUGCCGCUGAAGCAUGGGCGUUGCAUGGAGGGGUGUCGAAACCACUGCUUUUGGGCACAGUGCAAGCUCGGGAAGCACAGCAGCAUAUCUUAAAGCAUGUUCAAGCUGACGACCCCGCCUCAGGAUUGAUUGGUGCUGGGCUUCGAGCGAUGCAUUCUGCUAAAGCCAGAGCUUCUGCAGAACAACAGACCCGCAGCAAAAGUGCGAACGGUGCGAAUGGAAAAUCGCAACUACCUGGUUCUGGAGAGGGUCCGAAGAUCAAGCAUCAGUCCGAGUCUCCCAUGCCACUGUCGUCGCCGACAAAUGCGAAACCUGAUACCUCUCCUACCAUUGCAACACCCGUCUCUCCGGCAAGCAAAAGAUCAUUUCCUCUGGCAAACCUUCCAUUGCCAUCGGAUCUUCGAAAAACCAAAAUAUUGGGCUUUACCUCUGCCAAACUCAAUUAUCUAUGUUCGCAGAUCCUAAAAUUUCACAAGGCUGAAAAGAUCAUCAUAUUCUACGAUUCCAAUAAUAUCGCAUUCUGGAUCGCCGAAGCUCUGGAACUUCUGUCGGUGAAAUUCCUUAUCUACGCCAACACCCUCUCAGUGAGCAAGCGUGCAGCAUACCUUGCUACGUUCAACCACUCAGACGUUUUCCGUGUCCUCCUGAUGGAUCUGAAACAGGCAUCACACGGUCUUCAUGUAGCGUGCGCCAGUCGUGUCUUCAUCAUUUCACCUAUCUGGCAACCAAGCGUCGAAUCACAAGCGAUCAAACGAGCUCAUCGUAUUGGACAAAGCAAGCCAGUCUACGUUGAAACACUCGUCCUUCGAGGGACAUUGGAAGAGAAAAUAUUGCACCGCCGACGCCAGAUGAGCAACGUCGAGCUCUUGAGAGCAGAGAAAAGCUUGCUUGAUGAUGGUACCAUGAAUGACAUCAUCAGGGAAGAGGGAUUUUUGAGGAUCACUGAUGAGGAGAAGUUGACAAUGGAGGGAAGUACGUUGGAAACUCCCAUCCCGCUGUUUGACAAGACUGGUGACGGUCGGGUUGGUGGACUUCAUGAUGAGGAUACCGACUUGAUACUCGGAAUGGAAAACGAACGUGUCACGAAGAAGAGAAACAAGACCACCAAGAAGCCGGCACUACAAAAGCGAUCGGUCGCAUUUGCUACUCCACCGAGCACCCUUGGCAAAGAAGCUAUGAGAUUCGCAACUCCUCUUCGGGAUUUGCCAAGAGAGGACGAUAAUGGGAAUCUAACCCGACAGCAGGAGACUCCAUCUUCGUCUGCUUCCUCAUCCAUAUUCGGCGGCGGAGAAAAGCCGAAGAAAAGCGUGCGGGUUGCAUUUGACUUUCCACCAGGCCCAGGUGAGCCAUGA